CAGCCGCGCGCUAAAGUCGAAGACCCGAUCGCUUGCCCGAUCGCGUUGAAUCCUUCAUAGCUUACGAGCUAUAUCAUAGGCAGUUAACGCGUUCCGAAUGUCGAAGGCGCCAUACUCGCAUACCAAAGUCUCGAAGUCAACUGCUUUAAAGGUCGGAUGUUAAGUUAUAAUAAUAUGUGGCUGAUGUAUAAGUCACAGACGUUGCAGCUGUCGAAGGCUGCUAGCCGCAGCGUUACACAUCGAGCUUCAAACCGAGGUGUCGGCAACAACAAGACAUAUGAAGAGUAUACGAACCUUGUCCUUCCGACACGUUCCAAUAGCGCGCUGUCUAUAAAGGCUCAAAGUGACGAAGUCGAGCAUGUCCUCCACCGUGCAAUAGACAUCUGUAUAAGCAAGCUAUUUUUCAAAACAGCGUUCUCGCUACUCAGGGAUAAGAAACGCGACAAUCGUUCGGCGUUGAUCCAAGCCGCACGAGAUUGUGGCGAUAGAGAAAUCGAACAACGCUUGAAGGACGACAAGCGAUACGCCAUGUGGAUGGCAACAGUUCCGAAUGCACGCGCAAAUGUUCUCAAGACGCGUAUGAUGAAUGCUGCCACUCGAAGUGUUGUCGAGCUCUACGGACUGGAGAUCAGUGACGUCGACGCAUGUAAGGCACGCGUCGCAUUCCUUACGAGUCGUACUCCAGAGUAUCCAUUCAUUUUCCCUGAGGAUCCCCAGUCCGGGAAGCUGCUUGUCGACAAACCCUUCCUUCACCCUUUGAUAAUUCGUGUUCUUUCUCACUCCCAGACUCUUUCUGAGGCAGUUCAACGGCUCCUUCCUGAGUUCUCACCAAUGAAGGGAAGUGAGCCAGAAAUACCGUCCUCUCUAUUGGCCCUAGCAAGUUCAGCAGUAGGCGCGUACUGUGCCCUCAUGGAGUGGGAGAACGGAACAAGGUCGUCGAUGACAUUUAAUAAGAAGCUUGCUGCGAGUGUUUACCAGGACAACCUCGCAACACUUUCCAAGCUGGCUGAAGAUACGAAAACGGCUUCUUCCUACCAUCCUCUUAUGCGGAAGAUAUUUUCAUUGGCCUAUAAUGAACCCGGGAACAUUUGUUUACAACGUCCUCGGACUGUGAAUGCACGCAUGAGUGCUACUAUUGUCGCUAUCAAUCUAGAUUAGUACCUUUGGAAAUAUCUAUGUAAUGUCACGGUGUAUCCUAUGCUAUGCUCUUUGUUAUGUGUGAAGCAGGUAUGGAAACGGAGCAGGGCUUGGAAAUGUUGAUCGGUGUUGUAUGCGCGGUGGGUAAAUCACGAAAACACCGUAGUAGUACAGGGGUCGUGACGGAGAAUCGACUGCGUUAGAUUCAACAAUACUGCAUUCGGAUCUAUUUACUGGCAAGUUCUGUUCGUUCGGUUUGAAUCGCUUGGCCUUCGCACGUAGAAAUAUUAUGACCAUGCAAAAACACACUUAUAUGAAGUCAACCAAUAUGUGGCAAUACGAGAACGUAUUGCUUGCAUCCAACUCAGUCUGGUCCGGAUCCUCACUUUGAUAUUAC